AUGUCGGUUCUGAUAUCACAAAGUGUAAUAAAUUACGUAGAGGAAGAAAACAUUCCUGCUCUGAAAGCUCUUCUUGAAAAAUGCAAAGAUGUAGAUGAGAGAAAUGAGUGUGGCCAGACUCCGUUGAUGAUAGCUGCUGAACAAGGCAAUCUGGAAAUAGUGAAAGAGCUAAUUAAGAAUGGAGCUAAUUGCAAUCUGGAAGAUUUGGAUAACUGGACAGCACUUAUAUCGGCCUCAAAAGAAGGGCAUGUGCACAUUGUAGAAGAACUACUCAAGUGUGAUGUUAACUUGGAGCACCGUGAUAUGGGAGGAUGGACAGCUCUUAUGUGGGCAUGUUACAAAGGCCGUACUGAAGUAGUAGAGUUGCUUCUUUCUCAUGGUGCUAAUCCGAGUGUCACUGGUCUGCAGUACAGUGUUUACCCAAUCAUUUGGGCAGCAGGGAGAGGCCAUGCAGAUAUAGUGCAUCUUUUACUGCAAAAUGGUGCUAAAGUCAACUGCUCUGAUAAGUAUGGAACCACCCCUCUGGUUUGGGCUGCACGAAAGGGUCAUUUGGAAUGUGUAAAACAUUUACUGGCCAUGGGAGCUGAUGUUGAUCAGGAAGGAGCUAAUUCAAUGACUGCACUUAUUGUGGCAGUAAAAGGAGGCUACACACAGUCAGUAAAAGAAAUUUUGAAGAGGAAUCCAAAUGUAAAUUUAACAGAUAAGGAUGGAAAUACUGCUUUGAUGAUCGCAUCAAAGGAGGGACAUACCGAGAUUGUACAGGAUCUACUUGAUGCUGGAACAUAUGUGAACAUACCUGAUAGGAGUGGGGACACUGUGUUGAUUGGUGCUGUCAGAGGUGGUCAUGUGGAAAUUGUUCGAGCACUUCUCCAAAAAUAUGCUGACAUAGACAUUAGAGGACAGGACAAUAAAACUGCUUUGUACUGGGCUGUUGAGAAAGGAAAUGCAACGAUGGUGAGAGAUAUCUUACAGUGCAACCCUGACACAGAAAUAUGCACAAAGGAUGGUGAAACGCCACUGAUAAAGGCUACCAAGAUGAGAAAUAUUGAAGUAGUAGAGCUGCUGCUGGAUAAAGGAGCUAAAGUGUCUGCUAUAGAUAAGAAAGGAGACACUCCGUUGCAUAUUGCUAUUCGUGGGAGGAGUCGGAAACUGGCAGAACUUCUUUUAAGAAAUCCCAAAGAUGGACGGUUACUUUACAGGCCCAACAAAGCAGGAGAGACUCCUUACAACAUUGACUGUAGCCAUCAGAAAAGUAUUUUAACUCAAAUAUUUGGAGCCAGACACUUGUCUCCAACCGAAACAGAUGGUGACAUGCUUGGUUAUGAUUUGUAUAGCAGUGCCCUGGCAGAUAUUCUCAGCGAACCUACCAUGCAGCCCCCCAUUUGUGUGGGGCUCUAUGCACAGUGGGGAAGCGGGAAAUCUUUCUUACUCAAGAAACUAGAAGAUGAAAUGAAGACUUUUGCAGGACAACAAAUUGAACCUCUUUUUCAGUUUUCCUGGCUGAUAGUAUUUCUGACACUGCUACUUUGUGGAGGACUUGGUUUAUUGUUUGCUUUUACGGUCGACCCAAAUCUUGGAAUUGCAGUGUCAUUGAGCCUCUUAGCUGUCUUAUAUAUAUUUUUCAUUGUCAUUUACUUUGGUGGACGAAGGGAAGGAGAGAGUUGGAACUGGGCCUGGGUCCUCAGUACUAGGUUGGCGAGGCACAUUGGCUAUUUGGAGCUUCUUCUCAAACUGAUGUUUGUGAAUCCACCCGAACUGCCAGAGCAAACCACUAAAGCAUUGCCUGUGAGGUUUUUGUUCACAGAUUACAAUAGGCUCUCCAGUGUAGGCGGAGAAACGUCCAUGGCUGAAAUGAUUGCAACCCUCUCAGAUGCUUGUGAAAGAGAGUUUGGCUUUUUGGCAACCAGGCUUUUUCGAGUAUUCAAGACUGAAGAUACACAGGGUAAAAAGAAAUGGAAAAAAACAUGUUGUCUCCCAUCUUUUGUCAUCUUCCUUUUUGUCUUUGGCUGCAUUAUUGCUGGAAUUACCCUACUGGCUAUAUUUAGGGUUGACCCCAAGCAUCUGACAGUGAACGCUGUCCUCAUAUCAAUUGCGUCUAUAGUGGGGCUGGCCUUGGUUCUGAAUUGUCGUACGUGGUGGCAGGUGUUAGACUCUCUCCUGAAUUCUCAAAGGAAACGCCUCCAUAAUGCUGCCUCCAAACUGCACAAAUUGAAAAGUGAAGGAUUCAUGAAAGUUCUUAAGUGUGAAGUGGAAUUGAUGGCCAGGAUGGCAAAAAGCAUUGACAGCUUCACUCAGAAUCAGACAAGGCUGGCGGUUAUCAUUGAUGGCUUGGAUGCCUGCGAGCAGGACAAAGUACUCCAGAUGUUGGACACUGUCCGAGUUCUGUUUUCAAAAGGCCCUUUCAUUGCCAUUUUUGCAAGUGAUCCGCAUAUUAUUAUAAAGGCAAUUAACCAGAACCUCAACAGUGUGCUUCGUGACUCAAAUAUAAAUGGACAUGACUAUAUGCGCAACAUAGUUCAUUUGCCCGUUUUCCUUAACAGUCGUGGACUAAGCAGUGCAAGAAAAUUUCUCGUAACUUCCACAACAAAUGGAGACAUUACAUGCUCAGAUACUACAGGGAUACAGGAAGAUGCUGACAGAAGAGUUUCACAAAACAGCCUUGGAGAGAUGACAAAACUUGGUAGCAAGACAGCCCUCAAUAGACGGGAUACUUACCGCCGAAGGCAGAUUCAGCGGACCAUCACUCGGCAGAUGUCCUUUGAUCUUACGAAACUGCUGGUUACGGAGGACUGGUUCAGUGACAUUAGUCCUCAGACCAUGAGAAGAUUACUUAAUAUUGUUUCUGUGACAGGACGAUUAUUGAGAGCCAAUCAGAUUAGUUUCAACUGGGAUAGGCUUGCGAGCUGGAUCAACCUUACUGAGCAGUGGCCGUACCGAACUUCAUGGCUCAUAUUAUAUUUGGAAGAGACUGAAGGUAUUCCCGAUCAAAUGACACUAAAAACCAUCUACGAAAGAAUAUCAAAAAAUAUUCCAACAACUAAAGAUGUUGAGCCGCUGCUUGAAAUAGAUGGAGAUAUAAGAAAUUUUGAGGUGUUUUUGUCUUCAAAGACCCCAGUUCUCGUGGCUCGAGAUGUAAAAACCUUUUUGCCAUGCACUGUAAACCUAGACCCCAAACUACGGGAAAUCAUCGCAGAUGUUCGUGCUGCAAGAGACCAGAUUAAUAUUGGAGGACUUGCAUAUCCCCCACUACCUUUACAUGAAGUGCCCCCUAGACCACCCUCAGGCUACAGUCAGCCUCCCUCCGUCUGCUCUUCUUCCACCUCCUUCAAUGGUCCGUUUGGAGCUGGGGUUGUGUCCCCUCAGCCUCAUAGCAGCUAUUACAGCGGUUUGACAGGACCCCAGCAUCCAUUCUAUAACAGGCCAUUCUUUGCCCCCUACCUUUACACGCCAAGGUACUGCCCUGGCGGUUCCCAUCUCAUCUCACGCCCAUCAGUAAAAACGAAUUUGCCCAGAGAUCAGAGCAAUGGCCUAGAGGUUAUCAGAGAGGAUGCGGCCGAGGGGCUUUCUUCACCCACAGACUCCUCAAGGGGAUCAGGCCCAGCCUCAGGAACAGUAUCACUGAAUUCAAUGAAUGUGGAUGCAAUAUGUGAGAAGCUGAAACAAGUAGAAGGGCUGGACCAGAGUAUGCUGCCUCAGUAUUGUGCGACCAUCAGAAAGGCAAACAUAAAUGGCCGUGUGUUAGCUCAGUGUAAUGUUGAUGAACUGAAGAAAGAGAUGAAUAUGAAUUUUGGAGAUUGGCACCUUUUUAAAAGCACAGUACUGGAAAUGAGAAGUGCAGAAAACCAAGGGGUCCCUGAAGACCCACGUCUACUUAGUGAGAACAGCAGCGGCCCAGUUCCGCAUGGUGAACCUGCCCGUCGCUCUUCACACAGCGAAUUGCCUCAUACAGAGCUUUCCAACCAAACUCCCUACACGCUCAACUUCAGCUUUGAAGAACUGAAUACACUCGGCCUAGAUGAAGGUGCCCCACGUCACAGUAAUCUAAGUUGGCAGUCACAAACUCGCAGAACCCCGAGUCUUUCAAGUCUCAAUUCCCAGGAUUCCAGUAUUGAAAUUUCAAAGCUUACUGAUAAGGUGCAGGCUGAGUAUAGAGAUGCUUAUAGAGAAUAUAUUGCUCAGAUGUCUCAGUUAGAAGGGGGUACAGGUUCUACAACAAUUAGUGGCAGAUCUUCUCCACAUAGCACAUACUAUAUGGGUCAGAGUUCUUCGGGGGGCUCCAUUCAUUCUAGUUUAGAGCCAGAAAAAGGGAAGGAUAGCGAACCAAAGCAGGAUGAUGGGAGGAAGUCAUUUUUAAUGAAGAGGGGAGAUGUUAUGGAUCAUUCAUCAUCAGGAGUCUCCACGAAUGAUGCCUCCCCUCUGGAUCCUAUCACUGAGGAAGAUGAAAAAUCUGAUCAGUCAGGCAGUAAACUUCUCCCAGGUAAGAAAUCCUCCGAAAGGUCAAGUCUCUUCCAGACGGAUCUGAAGCUUAAGGGAGGUGGAAUGCGCUAUCAGAAACUUCCAAGCGAUGAGGACGAAUCUGGAACAGAAGAAUCUGAUAAUACUCCACUGCUCAAGGACGAUAAAGAUAAAAAAGUUGAAGGGAGAGUAGAGAGAGUGUCAAAGUCUCCAGAACACAGUGCUGAGCCAAUAAGAACCUUCAUUAAAGCAAAAGAAUAUUUAUCUGAUGCCCUCCUCGACAAAAAGGACUCAUCUGACUCGGGAGUGAGAUCCAGCGAAAGUUCCCCCAAUCACUCUCUGCACAACGAGGCAGCCGACGAUUCCCAGCUUGAAAAGGCAAACCUCAUAGAGCUUGAGGAUGACAGCCACACUGGGAAGCGAGGAAUACCUCAUAGCCUGAGCGGCCUGCAAGAUCCGGUUACAGCUCGGAUGUCUAUUUGUUCAGAAGACAAGAAAAGCCCUUCUGAAUGUAGCUUGAUAGCCAGCAGCCCUGAAGAAAACUGGCCAGCGUGCCAAAAAGCCUACAACCUGAAUCGAACACCCAGUACUGUGACUCUGAACAACAACAGUGCUCCAGCUAAUAGAGCCAAUCAGAAUUUUGAUGAAAUGGAGGGAAUCAGGGAGACUUCCCAAGUCAUUUUGAGGCCCAGUUCCAGUUCCAGUCCAGCUGCUAUCCAGAAUGAAAAUCUAAAAAGCCUCACACACAAGCGAAGCCAACGUUCAAGUUACACAAGGCUCCCAAAGGAUGCUUCAGAGCUCCUCGCAGUAGCCUCUUCUGAUAGUACAGGCUUUGGGGAAGAAAGGGAAAGCAUUCUUUAAGAAAAUCAAGCAAAAAUGGAAUAGUAUUAAUAUACCCCUAUGACAGAAUUGACCUGAGUUUUAUAGUGACUUCAUCCGUGCCCAUCAUCUUUGUACAUUUCAUUCACGAAUAGUUAAUGGAUGGGAAGGCCUUUGGUAAAGAAGACUUACAUAUACCCUACAGCCGAGGGAAGUGUAAGAAAGGGGGGUUCAUCAAUUAGUCUCCAUUGUCUUUGUAAUUAGAAGCUUAAAAACUCCCUAUUGUUAUAUGACCCUGUGAAAUUUUUUGAGAUAAGAUCUAAGUGUAGAGUUAGGCCAGGCAUAUUUUAUUAAAAAUAAAGGGUUUAAUUUGCCAAAGAAAAUAAAAGCUAGAGAUCCCUUUUGUAGAACAUUCACUCAUCAAAUAUUGGAGGGAAGACAUGGUCUUAGAUGAACCAGAAGCAAAUUUUGCUCAUAAGGGAUAAAAGAUAAGAAUUUACAGGCUGUGGAGUAGCCCAGAGAUUGAAGGCAAAUGUUCUGUAUAUUGAAAGCCAGUGUUCUAUAUAAUGGAGACAUUGCUUAUCAACAGGUUUUUAAAUCUUAAGUAGAAAAUGCAUGAUAAAAAGCUUUAAAAAUUGAUAAGAAAUUGAGUCAGCAGUACCUGAUACAGAAUCCCAGGAGUGGGGCCAUUAUGAGCUGCUAAGAGAGUGGCCUGUGGGGAAGGGCCAGUAGCCUGUCUGUGUCCUGGACACACUUCUCUCCAAAUCUCAGACCUGGCUUCCAGCACCAUCCACUUGCCUGAGAAUCUACCUUCGCCUACUCUGUAAUUCUUUUAAAUUGUGUGCAUGACUUUUCUUAGCCCAGCAAUGAGAGAAGAAGAACCCAUAAAUUCUCUGGAGAAUCAGAAAGACCUGGGUAAUAAUAGGCACUAAUAAAUAUUUAUGGAAUGAGAGAAUGAGGAAGUAACAUAAAAAAUGUCUGUGACAAUUGACUAAUGAUAAGGAAAUAUUUAAUUAGGUAAAACUAAAUCAUUGCCUUCUAUCCCAGGUCAGAGUAUAGCUACUCCAGCUAUUCUUAAAUCAGCAUGUUAAUUCUGGGGGAAGAUCAUAAGGAGAUACUUUUAAAAAAAGGUUUAAAAACAUGUAACAAAGCAAGGGUAAAAAGAAGAUAAAGCUUGUGUGACUUCUCAUUUAUUGUUAGCAGAGUUAAGAGAAUGAUAAUGUUUAAGAAUUGUGUAGACUAGAAAUGUACCCUGUCAUUGUGCAUUGAAAUUUUUUUGUCGUUUUACAUUGUUUAGUGUGUAAAAUUAAGUUUGGCAGUAUAUCCUCAGUCACAGAUAAGAUUGUAGAUGGUUAGAUAGUAGAUGUGCAGUUACCUAAAUUUAGUGUUACAUUUGUGAUGUUUUGCACUUAAUGGAGUUUUAUUAAUAUGCUGAAUAAAUUCUUUACUUGACCAGUCUGCACUAAAUAGUUGUUCUUUUGGGUUUCAUUGCCUUAAUGUUUGGGUAUAAUCUAACAUUUUCAUAAUGUGUUUGUUUUGCAUAACCUUAACAACUAUUUUAACCAAUUAAAAGAAGGCAAUAUGCUAUUGACAUUAUAUAUUGAAAUGUUAAUAUUUUAGUAUUUAUAGUGUUUAUUAGUGUGCAGUUUUGUAUCAUUAGCGGUUAUACCAGAGGUAAUAGUUUGUUCCUUUUCAGGUGAGUAGAUGAAGCCUAAUAUUGUACUAGAUUCUUCAUUGUUUGUGGAGUUAAUACUAGAGUAUUAAGUGUACAAAUAGAUUUAGAAACAAUAAAAAAUUUGCAUGGUA